UCAGAAAAACAGUCAAGACACUGUUCUUUAAAUUUCAUUACAAUAAAUAGACAAUAAGGUGAAAAUGCUCAAAAAAUGCUGAGUGGUUUUGAACCAUCCAUCCUGACCAUCCUGAUCCAUCCAGCCAAAGCCAGUUCUUCUAAAAACCGCUCCAAGAAACCUUAUCCUUCCAAAGAACUUUGACCGUACUCUGCCAGAGAGUUGUUUCAAAACGUAAGGUCAAUAAACCAGUAAAUCAGAUCCCAAUAACCAAUACCAAGACCAAAAAACAUAACCUUCUGAGUAGAGUAAUGCUCAAUAUUUAUCCCCAAUAGGACAUUUAUCCUUCAUGACUGCUCCAUGACUCUUCCACCAAGUAACAGAGAGAAAGUGAGGACGCAUGUCUGUGUGAGUGUAUGUUGCUUUGACCUCUCUCUCUCUCUCUCUCUCUCUCAUUCCCUCACUCACACCAUUUGUCUCAUGCUGAAUAAACACCAAGGUGCUGCUCUCCUCAGCAGGAGGGGGCUGAGCGCUACCAGUUUACUUGUGUUUUGCUUUAAGUGAAGGUGCUAAACACUUUCCUCCCGAGAUAAAAGAUUAAUACCUUCCAAUGAGAGAUACUUAGAGCCUCAAAGCCCCUUAAGCAGUUCAUUAGAGAAAGGAUGGACCUGAGCGACACGGUUCCCCGCAGAGAUCUCGCGCCCCCAAACAAGGGGGAACUUGCCUUUGGAGGUGAAAAGCUCUACAGGUACUUCAGGAGGAGGCGUUCUCUUUGAACUUUGAUGUGUCCCCCGCCUAGCAGCAGGCAUUAGAGUGAUGGAAAUUUGAUUACUUCUUCUGGCCUUUCAUUUAGCACCAGCGGGGAGCAUUUAACCACAGACAUUUGUGGCCAGAAGAGAACAGAGUAUAUAUAUCCCCACGAGGAAGGACAGGAGGUAGUCAGUAAAGUGUGUACUGCUGAGAACCAGUAGUGUGUGUGUGGUUAGUGUGAGGGAACACAGGAAGCUAUAAGGAGUACUGCUAUGGAUAUGGUGCCACUGGGUUUGUUUCUUCUUCUCUGCAUGUGCCAUCAGAGUUUGACAAGGAACCUCUUUGCAGAGAGAGCUUGUUGCAGACGCCAGAGUCACUUCGUCUACAUAGGAAAAGAUAUCUCAGGCAGCCCUCUGAAUGUGGAUGUGGGCAUGUGCAGGACACACUGCGGCCAAUCAAGGCCAUCUUCUUUUGAAUCUGGGAUGCAAAGCUACUCAAGACAUUCCUCCAUGCUGGAGUACCUGAAAGAGAAAAAGAUGAGAAUGCUGGCGGCUGCAUCUCGAGACUCUGGGCCAGUCAGUGGUGGUGCACCAUUAUGCGGAUUGAGCGCUACCUGUGAGCCCACUGGAACACGAGUGGAUAAAGUGCUGCUUAUUGAUGGUCUGCGAGAGGUUGAGAUCAUAGAGGACUGUCACUGUGAAGCUAAAGUGACGUGGUGUCUCCGUGCACCGUCCCUAAAGACCUACUUCUUCGAAACACCAUAUGAGACCACCAUCGACGUUGGGAAGUGCGUGGGGUCAAAAGGUGAACAAGAGGGAUUUUCCUGUGUGCCGACUAAGUUUGAUUCUACUCUUGUGGACACUCCAAACAAAGUGGAGCUGAUUCAGACAGUGACUGGGUGUGACAUGAAAGAAGGCUGCUACAGAAUCCCUUACAUAGAAUAUCAUUAUGAGAUCACAUACAGUGAAGAAGGGCUCAAAGAAGAGAAACUGAAGGAAAUAGACGUGGGGAGAUGUUUGGGAAGCUGCACCUCAGGAAACCGCUGUCUUCUCAGGAGCGCCUCGGAUUCAGCUGAGUGUUUGUUGUGGGCUGAGGGUCAGGGCAGCGCAUGCGUACCGCAGGGCUACAAGAGCCAUACGUUCAUGAACCAACACGGCCAAACUCGCACCGUCCUCUCCAUCACCUCCUGCCUCUGUCAGUCUUGAUCACACCGACCUCUGCUGGACUCACCUGCUCACUGUCCUGUAGACAGUCAGUGCAGUAUGCUGUAAAAAAAAAAAAAAAAACACACAAAAUAACAUACAUAAAAUUGCAGAAUCAUAAACUUCUUAAAUUAAAUUAAGCGUAUCUACUUAACCUUUCUUUUUUUAUUUUGCAUUUAGAGUUCAUAGAACGUACAAUUUUAACGAAUGUAACACUUACUAUAAAAAGGUAAAUGAACUAAAAAAAAGAUACUAAGUAAUCUUUCUUACAGCUUAAUUGACUGUACACUUAAAAUUAAGACUUUUUAAUAAGGUUGUUUCGAAAUGACUAUCUCAGAAGAACCAAAUGUUUGUUCCAAAAAGAACUUUCAAAGAAUUAAAGUUUAAAGUCAGUUUAAAUGUAAACAGUAUUGGAGUUUUUGUUUCAGUACAUUUUUUUUUCAGGAAAAAAUGUUUCUUUUAUAUUAUCACACUUGGCAGUUCAUGUAUUAUAUGUAAAAUAUGUAAAUAUGAUGUAAAUAAA